AUGGGGAAUUUACAGGUAAUGCUUCUAGGAGAUUCGGGAGUUGGAAAAACGUGUCUUCUUAUCAGGUUUAGAGACGGUCAAUUUUUAUCAGGAAAUUUUAUAUCGACCGUCGGUAUUGAUUUUAGGAAUAAAAUAGUUACGGUUGAUGACACGAAAGUUAAAUUACAAAUUUGGGAUACUGCCGGUCAGGAAAGAUUUAGGAGUGUCACUCAUGCUUACUAUAGAGAUGCUCACGCUUUACUUCUUCUUUAUGACGUCACUAAUAAAACAAGUUUUGAUAAUAUAAGAGCUUGGUUGGGUGAAAUAAGAGAUUACGCACAGGAAGAUGUUGUUAUCAUGCUUUUGGGUAACAAAGCCGAUUGUAGCGCGAACAGAGUUAUUAGAAAAGAAGAUGGCGAAAGGUUAGCCAAAGAAUAUGAUGUCGCAUUCAUGGAAACAUCGGCGAAAACCGGUUUAAACGUGGAUUUGGCAUUCAUUGCAAUUGCGAGAGAAUUAAAAUCGAGAAAAACUAAAAAUCCAGACGAAACGGGUUUUAACGUUAAAGAAUAUGUUCGAGAACAAUCUCAAAAAACUCAAUGCCCACCUUGCAAUACUUGA